CUCACACAUAUUGUGUUCACUUUUGAAUUACCUUACAUAAAGUUGCAAAAAUUUAUUAAAAAACACAUCCAAAUAACGCACCCAAAGCCCAGUUAGCGACAUGUCCUCGCCCACCAAUUUCGAUCGAUCCAUGCUGGUGGAGUACAGUGCCGCACUUAUGUACUACAUGGAAAAGCACAAGCUGAUGGAGGUGAUGAGUCGUCUGCUGGCCGAGAUUUCCGUGGCGGAUGGAGUGACGGAUGUGCGACGAUGGAUGGGCGAAAAUAUAACCAGGAUCGGCGUGGAGAUAUACACCAAAUCGAUGGACGCCUUCCAUCGGGGAGUAAGGGGCGAUUUCUACCAGCUGCCCAGGAACUUCUACCACCGAAUAGUGCUGCACGGCAGGCCAGGAUCAGGGCGAAGGUCCUUGGCACAUGUGCUAGCUCAGCGCUGGAACCUGCUGGUACUGGAUGCCGAUGUCCUGGCCUAUCACAGCAUCAACAAACAAGACCAGGAUGAGCACUCCAGACUGCUGCAGGAAGCCAUUGAAAAGGAUUGUGUCUACAGACGGUCGCAGGCUGUGGGGAAUCUCAUCCAGAACAGACUCCUCCAGGAGGACGCCCUUCACAGGGGUUGGAUGCUGAUCAAUUACCCCAACAAUAAGUGCGAGGCUGAGGAGCUCUUCGAGGGCUUCACUGUGCCCCCGAAUCGAUUUGUCUUCCUGCAAGUCGACGAGCGUAUGGCUCGCAUGAGAAUCCUGCUCAAUAGCUACUCGCCAGGACCUCAAGCCCACAUCAGUUUUCUGGACCGUCAGAUGGCCCAGUUCCGGAAAAGCGAACCUGCUCUAAAUACCUACCUAAGCCAGCGGAGGGAAGUAGUCUAUGUGGAUGCGUCACCUUGUUUCGAGCAAGUCAAAUGCGAGAUCAUCUCGGAACUGACGAAAACUCCCUAUGUGCUGAGUAAAAAAUACGGCGAGGCGAAUGCCAAAAUCUGAAUUUGAUUCCAAAUUGAUGCCGCUCUGCAUCCAAAUUGAGUAACAAUGUGUUCUUGAAGUCCCUUCUGUGAUUACUCUCGUUGUUAUUAUUAUUUGCUCAAGUGUC